AUGCGCGACCCGGUCACGCUCGCCACCGGCAUCACCUACGACCGCGCCAGCAUCGAGCGCUGGCUCUUCACCGACGGCCACGCCACCUGCCCCGUCACGCGCCGCGCGCUGGCGCCCGCCGAGAUGGACGCCACGCCCAACCACACGCUGCGCCGCCUCAUCCAGGCCUGCGGCCAGCAAGACGCCGCCGACGACGACUUCGUGCUGGAUUCUCCGACCUCCACGAGCUCGCCGGCGGAGGACGCGCUCGGCGUCCUCUACUCGCUCCAGCCCUCUGAGCGGAGCCUUGCCCAGAUCAUGGAACGGGACGGAGACUUCCUCGACGCGCUGGCGUCCGUCCUUCGCCGCCCGAGCUACAGGUCGCGCGCCUACGGCAUCCUUCUCCUCAAGGCGAUGACGGCGGUCUUGACGCCGGCGCGGCUCAUGACGGUGAGCGCCAGCCUGGUGCAGGAGGUGGUGCGCGUGGUCUCGGACCGGGUGUCCUCCAAGGCUGUCCGGGCGGCGCUGCGCGUGCUGUGCCGCCUCUGCCCGUGGGGCCGGAACCGCGUGAAGGCCGUCGAGGCCGGCGCCGUGGCCGCGCUGGUCGACCUGCUCCUCGACGAGGGCGGCGGCCGCGUCUCCGACCUAGCCGUCGUGGCCAUCGACCACCUCUGCGGCUGCGCGGAGGGCGGUCGGAGCUUGUCGCGCACUCGGCGGGGCUGGCCGUCGUGUCCAAGAAGGUCAUGCGGGUGUCCGUAG